UGUAAAUGUUUCUAUUUGAUAGGCUUGUAAAUUUCUUGAUGAGAAAUGGAACCCCAAGUUUAUGGUCAUCGUUACACAGAAAAACCAUCAUACGAAGUUUUUCCAGCAAGGAUCUCCUGACAAUGUCCCACCCGGCACUAUUAUAGACAACAAAAUCUGUCAUCCAAAGAACAAUGACUUCUAUCUUUGUGCUCAUGCAGGAAUGAUUGGAACCACAAAGCCUACUCAUUAUCAUGUUCUGUUAGAUCAGAUUGGGUUUUCGGCCGAUGAUCUCCAGGAACUUGUUCAUUCUCUGUCAUAUGUGUAUCAAAGGAGCACCACUGCCAUAUCUGUAGUUGCUUCAAUUUGCUACUCACAUUUGGCAGCCUCACAGGUGGGGACAUUCAUAAAGUUCGAAGAUCCUCAUAGACAUCGUCAAGCCAUGGUGGGGUCACCGCACCCGGAGCUGUUCCUGUCUCUCAGUUGCCUAGGUUGAAGGAGAACGUCUGCAACUCUAUGUUCUUCUGCUGAGGGAGCAAUGAGCUCCACGUUUUGUG